AUGAAGACAGAAGACAAGGAAUUUGGAGUCUUAAAAGUAGAAACUUCGAAGCUAUCCGAGAAGAUAGAAGAACAAAAACAAAUACUUCCUAAAGAGGGAUCAAUCGAUGACUAUUUGUAUGAGGAACGACCAUGGUGGAAGGUAAACUACUUGGUACAGUUGAAUUUUUGUAUAUUUUUGAUAACCCUUACUUCUACUAAUAAUGGCUAUGAUGGUUCUAUGUUAAACGGGUUGCAAUCAGUUCUGUAUUGGCCUGAUAAGAUGGGUAAUCCGCAAGGGAGUCAUUUAGGUGCGUUGUCCAACGGUAAUGUUUUUGGAAUUGUACUAUCCUUUGUGUGUGCAUCUUGGUUGGCUGACAAGUUCGGCAGAUGGCGUUGCAUCUUUUUUGGUCAAUCUAUUACUAUUAUUGGAUCUAUUUUACAAGGUAUUUCAACGAAUUAUGGAUUCUUCUUAGGUUCCCGAAUCAUUCUUGGUUUCGGAGUUGGUGUUGCAACCGUUUCCAGUCCUUCAUUAAUCUCUGAAUUAGCAUAUCCAACACAUAGAGCUACAGCUACUACAUUUUAUAAUGUUUGUUGGUACUUGGGUUCAAUAAUUGCUGCUUGGGUCACAUAUGGAACUUUGAACAUAGAAAAUGAUUAUAGUUGGAGAAUUCCAUCUUAUUUGCAAGCUGCACUCCCACUCCUUCAACUUAUCUUCUUUUGGAUGGUCCCUGAAUCUCCUCGUUACUUAAUCGAUAAAGAUAGAGUCGCUGAUGCUGAAAAGGUCUUGAGAAAGGCCCACACAGGUGGCGAAUCACACGAAAGAGCAAAUAUGUUGAUUAGUUUCGAAAUUCAAGAAAUUCAAGCAACGCUUGAGUUAGAAAAAUUAUCAAAUAAUUCCAAAUAUUCUGAUUUUAUUAUCAUUCCAGCAUUUAGAAAGAGAUUAUUUUUGACAGUUUUUGUUGCAGUCAUUAUGCAAUUAUCUGGUAAUGGAUUGGUUUCGUAUUACCUUAAUAAGGUUUUGAAUUCUAUUGGAAUUACGGAUCCACAUGAACAAUUAGAAAUUAAUGGUUGUUUAAUGAUUUACAAUCUUGUUAUCUCUUCGGUAGUUGCUGCAGUCGCCGGUAAAUUUAAAAGAAGAACAAUGUUCAUGACUUGUACUCUGUUGAUGUUAGUCUUUUAUGUGAUUUGGACAAUACUAUCAGCUGUUAACCAACAAAGAGGGUUUGAACAGAAGUCGUUAGGCAAUGGGGUUAUUGCCAUGAUUUUUUUCUAUUACUUGGCUUAUGAUAUUGGUGCUAACGGCUUACCAUUCUUGUAUAUAACCGAAAUCAUGCCCUAUAGUCAUAGAGCAAAGGGCUUGAAUAUUUUCACGGUGAGUCAAAAUAUUAUUAUUAUUUUUAAUGGUUUUGUUAAUCCUAUUGCCAUGGAUUCUAUUGAAUGGAAAUACUAUAUUGUCUAUUGCUGUAUUCUAGCAGUUGAAGUUAUUACUGUUUUCUUUACAUUUGUUGAAACUUCAGGCUAUACUUUGGAAGAAGUAGCUAAAGUUUUUGGAGAUGACCCAGGCCAAAUCUUGACGCAUCUUUCAUCGGCACAGCCAAAGCCCGAAGUUAAGUACAUAGAAAAUGCUUAG